UAUAAGCUGAAAUUCAAACACUAGCAGUCAAUCGAUGUAUUUAUUAACAAUGUGGUAAAAUUAUAUUUUAUUGAAGAAAAUAUUGGAAUUAGUUGAAUAAUGUCUGCGAUACAAAAUCCAAACAAUGGAUGUGAUGCUAUAAAUUGGCCUGAUGAGGCAAAUGCUGUGAUAAACGAUAUAAAGAGUCACGUACGGCAGUUGUUUAUAUCUACGAUUCUCCCGCCGACUGAUUUAGACAUUUAUUUGAACUGUGAAACAUUAGAAUCAAAGAAGUGUACCAUUCGUUUGUCCAACGAUGGAUUUCAAAUUGUUAGCAAUUCCUUUGAUAAAAUUGAAGAUUUAAACGGAUACCCGUAUGAAACACCGUAUGCACUACUGAAUGAACUAAGCCCUGCCUACAUUAACUCAUUCGGUAAUGAAUUAACAAAUGCAUUAUUCAAUCUGCAGCGAAAUGAAGAAUAGCCAAAUAAAACGAUCCACAUUGACAAAUAAACCGCUCUUGAAAUGAUUUAAGACACAAUUUAAAUUGAAUACACCGAUAUGAUUUAGAUUUGCCAUCAAUUUGCUUAAUUAGUUCAGGCUAGAAGCACAUUUUUAUGAGAGUAUCGAUGUUCUUUUACCUUUUAGUUCUGCAUUCGGAUUUUUCAUACAAAAUACUUCAGACCACAAAUGAAAUUAGCAAAUAAAACACAUGUGAUUUAA